CACAAGAAAUGUUUUGAGUUGUGGAACAAAGAGUCUGACCGUAGGGAGAGAUCCAGACUUCAGAAGGUAUUGAAAAGUGAACCAGAAAAAUGUCAGGAUGAAGAAAUAGGGAAAUGUCCACCAUACAUGCCGGCGCACACGCACUCGCACAUGUCUUCUGCUUUGUACCCACAGUUGAGUGCCACGAGGCUGCGCCCGGACCUGGAUUUCCUGCCCUCCUGCCCUCCUUCAGCUCCACGACCAGACCACACACAAAGCCAACGACAACCCCCACCGCUGAGAGAGGCCCUUCUUCAGCCACAGAAAGAGGAACUCUCUUCUCCAACUAACCGCACCCGAUCGGGCCAGAUGUAUGGACAGGGGAAGUCAACUUCUGUCCAGGCAGCCGAUUCCACCACGCCUGUCAACCGCCGCGCAGAAAACACACCACUGCCUCCGGACUCAGACGAUGAACUAAGUGCCUUUCCAGUACAGAACUAACCCAUGGUGGAGGUCGCGGGACAUGACGGCCCCACCAUGGUUUUUCGCCCGUGGACUGUGUCAGACGUUAGGGAAGCUAGUUCACACCUCCCAGACGUUGCUACCUCGGGAGAAGCCUUUGCUGAGGCAUUGAUUGUGUUCUGUAGGGAGUUCAGACCCACUUUAACUGAACUCAGACGCCUGUUAGGGACAAAAAUGAAGGCAACAGACUUUGCAAAGAUCUCCAACAUCCUUGUGGGUGAUGACAUCAGGUGUGUUCACAUUGAAUAUGGACAUGCGGACAAUGCACAGUAUGCGAGAAAAGUCACUGACAUUGCUACUGUCAUAAAGACAGCUUUUCCAACUCGACUGAACAUGUCAGCAAUAGCAGCAUGUAAACAGAGACCUGAUGAAGGUACAGACGACUACAUGCACCGCCUCACAGAAGUUUUCACCACCCACAGCGGCAUUGCUCGACCCAACAACACCGACCACAUGACACCCUGGGAAACCCAUCUCUGUUCUGCUUUUCUGAAUGGACUGUUACCAGAGAUCGCUGCUGCCGUCAAACUCUCCUGUGUCUGUUAUGAGGAAGCCCGCUUGGAUGAACUACGACGACACAGCCGACAUAACCAAGCUCAGCUGAUGGCUGAGCAACAGAGGACCAUCAAAGCUGAGAAGGAACUUCAUCAAGCCACACUGACUCUUCUUCAGACCGCAUCCCAGCAACAUGGAGGCAAAGGCGGCUUCAACAAGAAGGGCAGGAAGGGAGAACAAGGGCGCGGUAAAGGAGACAACAAGGGUCGGCAUUUCCACAAAGACCCUGAUGCCUGUUUCAAGUGUGGGGUAAAAGGACACUGGGCAAGGGACUGUCCUAAUAAGAAGGGGGAGAAGAAUGAGUUCUCCCACCAGAAGAACGGCUUUCAUUCAUCCGAUUGACUAAGAGGGCAGGAGACGGGAGCUGAGCGCAGACCACUGGCCUCAACGCAGCAUGAAAAAGAUUUCUACACAGGUAAAAGACGCAUUGCCCCAGCCAGCUGAAGGUACUCUACACAACCUUAAGCCAGGUGAUUGGUGAUUGGUGAAAGAUCUGCGCAGGAAGAACUGGAGAUCGAAGAGGUGGUUAGGACCGUUCCAGAUCCUGCUAACUACACACACUGCUGUAAAGACGGCUGAAAGAGCGACCUGGAUCCACGCCAAUCACUGCAGAAAGGUUCCUGAGCCUCUCGAGUAACCGCACACCUGCCACACACUUACACGGUAGGGCUGCGCUGACUCAUCACAGUUCUAGAGUGUACGAAGAAAGCUGCGCUGAACUGCACCGGCGAAAUACAUAAUGCACAUACACGUUCCAGAGAAUACACCCACAUCUGUUGUCACCAAGCAACCUCCGAGGGACAACGUAGGACCGCCGACCACCAUAAGAACAUCCUGCAACCGUUCCAGAUUAGGUACCAUGAUGGGGCUGGCCUUGAUCCUCACUCUGAUCCUAUCUCCACUCUUGUGGUAUCUCACUCAUCGUACAGUAUAUCAGAUGGUGAGACUCACAAGGGAACAGACUGAUCAGCGCGUGGCAAUAUAUGGCCCGACCAACAUAACGGAAGGAGAUUGUCCUGUGACACUCUCAUGUCUAGACAGAAUUGAGACUGUUCGAUAUCUAAGAGUAGUAAAAGAUUCUCGCAACAUUGCUUAUGUUCUUAGAUACCCACCCGCCUUGACUAAAAGCGUGGGGGGGAGUCUACCAUGCGGUUCCCCGAGCAGCACUGGGUCACUCAGACCACGCCAUG